AUGGCGGGUUCCCAGCUGCUGCCUCUGGUGCUCACCCUUCUGCUGCUAGUGAGACCCCGCGACUUCUCUGUCGUUCUUAUAUUCUCAGGUGUUGCUUUUACAGUAUUCUGGGAAAGCAUAGUAGUAGUGGAUGCCACCUCCAGUCCAGACACAACCCCUUCCCCCAUCUCCCCAAGUCCAGACACAACCCUUAUCUUCACCACCUCAGCUCUGGAAGUAAGCCCUCCAGUGACCCCUAUUCCCAUCUCCCCAAGUCUGGAAGCGACCCCCACUUCAGACUCCAGCUCCACAGGAACAAACCCAGGCUCAGCCUCCCCAGAGCCAGAAACAGCCUCAUCCCCCAGGUCUGGCUCCCCAGAUCCAGAGCUGACUACUGUGUCCCAGUCCACGAACUCGGUUUCACAAGCCUCACCCACUGUGUCCAGCCCUGGUCAGGAUGCAGGCAGCCUAUGGAUCCCCACAUCACACAGGAACUCGGGCGUGGUGAUCGUUGUGUGUCUGCUUGUGUCUGUCUUGCUCAUUGGCUCUGUGUUCACUGCCCUGAGACACUGUAAUCGAGAUAGGCCAGCUUUUCAUAGUUUGGAUACAGUAUCCAUGGGCAGUGUGAGCCAGCGGCUGCCAUUUGCUGACUGCCUACAGACACCUGCCUAG